CGCUGCGCCUAAAGAGAAGUCGUUUGUGUUUUGGUUUUUAUUCGCUUGCUCAGACUUGUGUUGCGAUUUAAAAGUGUGCAUUUGAAACGCUUGUGAAUUUUUGACGUCCUUCUAGUGACAUUAACCCAAAUACAAAAAAAAAUUGCAUAGAUAUACAUACAUAUAUACAUUGAAAAUUAUAAAUUUUAAUUUGACUGCCACAACCACAAUGGUUAGAGAAAUUUAAAAACCAAAAAGUGUCAAGUGCAAGAAAACGAAAGAGAAUUCACUGUCUUUUCAAGAAAAUCAAGAAAAGUUAAAAAAAGUGCAAAAAAUUUAAAAUUUCGAACAAAUUGUAAAUAAAAUAAAAAAUAUAUAUUAUCACUAAGUGAUUGAGAUAUAUUGCAAUUAGUAGAUUAAAACAACUGGGGAAAAACAAUAAACGAGAACGCGUCAUUUUGAUUGGAUUAAACGAAAUACAAACAUAUUUUUAAUAAAAAAGACGUAAACUGCCAAAGGAAGGGAAAGAAGCAAAUUAAAAACUCAUAAAACACAAGUGAAAGGAUUACAACAACUGUACAAGCAGAUAGCUCUAUAAACAGUGCGGUGGUCUUCUUCCGCCUCGCAGUCGGGUAUACAUAUGUACAUGCCGCUGAAGUGUAGAUAAAAAUUGAGUAACGAUCAACCAAUUCCACAACAAAAUACAUCUCACUCCAAACCAAAACACAGUAAAACCUAUAAAAUGGGACGACAAUUGCGGCCAAAUGCGCUCGCGAUUUUAUUUUGCUUAGUGUUCAUAGCGAAGGACGCUGUUUGCGAGGGACCACACGUUGACUCCGCCUCAUUACCGCUCGAACACAGAUCCGUUUAUGGACCACCAGCACCAUCGCCUGUGUACGGCGCUCAGCAGGGUCCUGUGCCGGCGGGAGUUAGCAAUGAGAUUUCCGAAGACGCUUGGCCGCUCUCGGCCACCAAUGAUAGUCCACAGAUUAAGCAUUUACAGGUGCAAUGCGAAAAGACGCAUAUGCGUGUCAAUAUCGAAUUUGAUCGUCCCUUCUACGGCAUGAUCUUUUCGAAAGGUUUCUACAGUGAUCCACACUGUGUACAUCUGAAGCCGGGUACUGGUCAUUUGAGCGCCACUUUUGAGAUUUUCCUCAACAGUUGUGGUAUGACAAGUUCGGCUAAUCACAAUGCCGCCGGUUAUGGUGCGCCAACGCCUUCGGGUAGUUAUGUGGAGAAUACUAUCAUCAUACAGUAUGAUCCAUAUGUGCAAGAAGUUUGGGAUCAGGCUAGAAAAUUGCGUUGUACAUGGUAUGACUUUUACGAGAAAGCGGUCACAUUCCGUCCAUUCCAAGUGGAUAUGUUACAUGCGGUUACUGCGAACUUCUUGGGUGAUAACCUGCAAUGUUGGAUGCAAAUACAAGUGGGUAAAGGACCAUGGGCGUCCGAGGUGUCGGGUAUUGUGAAAAUCGGUCAGACAAUGACUAUGGUUUUGGCUAUUAAGGAUGAUGAAAACAAAUUCGAUAUGUUGGUACGCAAUUGUGUAGCUCACGACGGCAAACGCGCGCCUAUACAAUUAGUCGAUCAGAACGGCUGCGUUGUGCGUCCAAAGAUAAUGAGCAAAUUCCAGAAGAUCAAGAAUUUCGGUCCAUCAGCAUCAGUUGUGAGCUUUGCAUACUUCCAGGCCUUUAAAUUCCCCGAUUCGAUGAAUGUACACUUCCAGUGCGUAAUACAAGUAUGUCGCUAUAAUUGUCCCGAGCCUAAGUGCGGUCCUGGCUUGCCUGGCGGUGAAUAUGGUGUGCCACAAAUUGGUAAUAAUGCACUCUCGGCAGAAUAUGGUGCACCAGAGCCUUACGACCGCAACGAUUACCCCUUGGGCGGUCUGCCACCAGCAGCCUACCCAGAUCCACGUCAUCAGGCUGCCGAUGCCACCGGCGCUUACUCUGAAAACCAACCCGAUGUAGUGCCCUCACCACAAGCACAAACCGCCGGUGUUACCACACCCGAAUCGGGUCUGCAGAGCUCACAAGCGACACCGCAAAGUGUAAAUGAUUUACACAUGCCACCACCACCAUUACCUGGCCAACCAGGUCUAUAUAACACAGUCAAGCGAAAGGAUGACAUCGAGGGCGGCAACCUAGUGUCGCUGGGCGGCCGACCACGUUCAGUUGAAGGUUUGGAUGACUUAAGAGGCGUACGCAGACGACGUGAUACUAUUGAUAUUGUGGUGAAACCACGCAUUUACAAGCGAGACACACAAGAGAUGACCGAUGUGAAUACAAGCCGAACCAUACAGGUGGUGGCGCCGGGCGAUGUCAAUUUCGCGCUCAACAACAACUCCAACAAUGAAACAGUGGUCAUACAAUCGGCACGAUCGGCUGAUCCUGAGACGAUUUGUAUGUCGGUGCCGAGUUUUGUCGGCGGUUUGGUAAUGCUGUUGUUGGUGCUGGCCGUAGCAUCUCUAGUCGCUGCAUUCCUCUUCGUACGAGUACGACAUUUCGAUCGAAAGGGUGCCUCCAUGGCGUAUGUUAACUAAUUAAGGAAGCCACUACAAUGCACAAAGCGAUUAUUUCAGCCACAGCCACGACCUGCAACACACUGCACAAGUACAACAGCUAAGCAAGGAGUGCGUGUCCGUAGUCGAAAGUGGUUGGAACAAACGAACUGACGCUUAUACAUAAAUACAAUAACGAUCUGUCAUCGCACAUUAAACCCAUACCAAACCACAAAUACAUAUACAUAUACAUGUAGGACCACACAUGCAAAUACAUAUUUUAAGUUUCACGUAAAUAACUGUAUAUCCGCAAAUACUUUCGUUUACCCACUUGGGUGUUUGGUGUGUGUGCCUAUGUAUGUGUGUGUGUGUGUGUGUGUUAUGUGGACGCAAUCGCGAUUUCAUCACCUGUACUCCGAUUUGCUUCACAAACGACCAGCGGCGGCGGAAACCCAAAUCGAAGAUGCAAAUUGUGACGGGUGAAAAUUGUAGAAACAAUCUCGAGCUUGCGGCCCACUACUACUACUACUCCUCACCUCCAUCAUAGAAAAGACGAACUUAAUUUAUAUAUGUAUAUGUAAAUGUUUCACUGUUUCUAAUUUAUUUAAUUUAUUUAUUUAUUCUAUCCACAACUACUACUACAUGCAAAUAUGCGGAUAUGUCUCUUAAAUAUUAUGUUUUUAGGCUUCCCUAAUAAAUGCGUGAAUAAUCUCGACUCACCACCUGGACGUAUGACGUACCAUUUACAUACAUGCAUACGUACAUACGAGUACAUAUGUGAGUAUGUCAGCACGUACGUCACUCCAGUUUUUAUCAGUCGUGUUAACCUAAGGUUCAGUUUAAAAAUAAAAUACAUAAAUGUAUUUAAAUAUCAAUCAAAAAUUGAUGAAACGAAAUAUAAAGAAAAUGAA